AUGAUCACCUUUCGAACAGCUAUUGCGGCUGUGCUCAACCAGACUACUUCUGCUUGGAUCUCAACCGAUUAUGCAGUCGCUCCCUUUUGGCCCUCGGCCCUCAAUGAGCCACCUCUAGGGUCCAUAUUUACGGGACUUUCGCCUCAGAACUGGUCGAGUCGGACUACGGUAUAUCAGGCCGAGUUGAACUGCGUCCCAAUGUCACUCGCCCAGACCGGCAAUUAUACUUGGGUGGCGCCAUUCGCUCCAAACACAACUGAGACAUAUAGCAAUCUUACGUUCGAGGCCACUUCCGACGAUGGAUGUUCGAUAGUAUUUUCUGGGACUCCUGGUAUCAACAAAGUAUUGAGCAACAGCGGUGGCUGGUGGGCGCCUUUCCCAUACACGAAGCUCUCCCCAGGUCUCAAAACGAACAACGCGACAUUGUCGGCAUGCGCGAAUCGUAGUAUGUUACUUGUCGGCAUUGCGAAGAACAUGGUGACAGGUAAUUGUCAUGGUUACUGUUAUGGCGAAGAUGCGCCAUACUUUGACACAAAGAUACAGCUCUGUUCGAGUCAAUAUUUCUCGGGCUCAGCCGACGCAACUGUACUGAUCAACCAAACCUCAACGACAGUCGUCUUCGAUGUCGAAGACUACAAAAGGAAGCGAAAGCUUAUGCCCGAUACUGAGUACAACUCGAGCACAAUGGAGAGUGCUUUCUUCAGCUCCAGCUGGUCUGACAAGUUUGGACGCAAUGAUGGUAUACUGUACAACAAUGGUGAUGAGCCUUGGUACGGCGGUCCUUUGUCAGUCAUUUCUGCAGGACCAAAGUAUGACACGGACUCCCAUAGGAUUUACAACAGUACAAGCCUGUUAAGAGACGCCAAAAAUCUACUGCAGCAGUUCCUCGGCGAGAUGCUCAUGGACAAAUGGAAGCAACGAGCAAACGAAGAUACAGCUACCUCCACUGCUGAGGUAACUACCUCCAAGUCUAGAGUUGUGGCAAACAAGGAUGUUGGAAUCACUCUCGCAAUCUUGCUUCUUCUAUCUGGGAUGGCAAUUCUCCACGCUUUCUACACAACUCGGGUGGCGCAGAGACCCCUUGGUUUGUACCAAGAUCCCGGCAAAAUAGAGGCUGUUGCCACGUUGAUUCUAGGAGAUUCGGUCCUGAGGGAACAACUGUCAGACACCGAUGUACUUUCCCAAGAGUGCAUCUCAUUGAGGCUCGAAGGAUACGUGCUCAGCAUGAUUCGAGGAAGAUUGCAAAUCCUGAGACACGAAGAUGAUCGUUCUUGUAGUGACAAGACUCCACCAACACUCAUCCCAACUGUCGGUGACCCUCGACCAGCAGUUCUGAGACUUCGAGUUGGGAUCCCAUUAGUGUGCUUCCUAUUGCUUCUUCUUGUGGGCUUGGCGGUACUGUACAACCUGUCCUCCAAAACAGGCUUGUACCAGACGUCUCUAGUCUACCAGAUCCAUAUAGAUCUUGCCCAUGCCUCUGCGACGCUUGCCCCGUAUUCGGUCAUUCCGACCUUCCUCGCUAUCGGUGCUAAACUAUGGUUCGCAAUGGCUAGUGACACUGUUCAACGAUACCAACCUUUCCUUGCGAUGAUCAAAACGCCAACAGAGCUAUCCAAAUCUGUUUCAGUAGAGUACCUAAACACGCCUACCGCCUUGGUGUCCUUAAAGGCUCUCAGGAGUUCACAUUGGCUACUCGCGUUGUUAGGGGCUGGAACGCUGGCCACCGAAGCAUUCACUGUGAGCAUGUCUGCUCUCUGGUACAGAGAGGUGCGAGGCAUCGUCUAUGCACUCAAUGCAACCACACCCCUUAUCCUUCGGGAAACACCAAAUACACAGAAUGCCACGCUCAAUGACGAAUCCUACCUCCUGAGUGCAAAUGAGACUCGCAAGCUGUUCAUAUCAGAUUUAUACCAUAUCUCGUUGCAAAACUGGCUUUACGGUGCUACAAUCGAGAUUACGCAAUCGGCGGCUACACCGGCGUGGAGCAAGGAUGUUUGGAGCUUCUUGCCUCGGAGCACAACAAAUAGCAUGAAUUCAGCAAGGCUACAUACAAUCGACGCACAUACCCGCAAUAUCACAAUGCCAACAACCGCUCUGAGAGCUAGUUUAACCUGUCGUCCGGAGACCUAUCCAGCUGAUCCAUCUCUCUGGCUUACCAAAAUCGACUUUCAGCAUUCGGAUAGGGACAAUGAGACCGGAAAUCCUCUGUGGAACAAGACAAACAGUCCGUCUGAUCUUGAAUAUGGCUACAUCCUGAAGAACGUGUCUGGCGCGACAUUCAACCUUGAAUCGAUUGAUUGCUGUGCCAACCAGACCUUGGGAGGCACAGGCAGUGCUAAUGUUGGGUAUUGGUCGAACGCGAACGGACCAAUUCUGACUUCCACAUGGAUCGAUGGUAGCCCAAUCGAAGGUCACUACACACCUUACUACACUGAGAACAAUAAUAUCGAUACACUACCCGAAGCCGCGAACAAAGAUCCGGUCGCUAUAGUUGGGCCAUUGAAACCCGAGCUAUUCGUUUGGCAAGAGCCUCCCAGAAUGGUUGCCAUCAGUUGUGAGCCACGAAUUGAGGAAGCGGAAGCAAUGAUAACUGUGGAAAUCGGAACCGGUCUGAUCAGAGACUACGAGAUUACGAGCACGUUGCGAACUGCCACCGGGGCCUGGACAUACCCCUAUACUCAAGAGAAUCUCACUAGGACAAGCAUCACCUGGGAAUCUGAUUACGACGAUCGGCAGGAGUACGAAGAAACACUUACCAGGGUCAAUGCCAGUUGGGGCUACAUCUUCUUGGAUGCACUUGUCAACUCAGGUCAAAAAGAUGAAUGGUUUCGCUUCCAAGAUCGAGGUCUCAAUGUCGAUUUGAUGUCAUACUCCAUGUCAAGUCUUGCGAACAACGAUCAAGAAGCACUCUUAGAUCCCAAGACACUCAUGGAAAAAGCCGACAGAACCUUCGCCAUCUUCUUCAAGCACUUUGCAUGCUUCAACGUUACGGAACACAAAGGAGGAUAUGUCUAUGUACCCAUGGACUUCAACUCACAAGAUACUUCGGAUCUAGCCAAUGCAAUCCUCAGUAUGCCUGUCGAAGAACUACGCAUGUCUCCAGCUGCGGCAAUCUUGAGCAUGUCAAUUUUGGUGUUCUUGAUUAUCAUCACGAUUAUCAUGUAUACUACCAACCGCAAAGGAUAUAGAGCGAUACCCAGAGAUGUCAGUACUUUGGCUAGCACACUCGGCUGGAUCUAUGCUAGCGACAGACUUUUGGCUUGCGCAACACAGAGCGAAGAUGGGACCUUUACAGACUCUAGUGGUACUAAGCGCUGGGGAAUCGAACUGGUGGACGUUACUGCGGUGCAUAUCAUGACUGAUGAGACGGGAAAAGAUACAAAGCAUGAUGAGGUCACUGCCGGCGAGUGGCUAGAGCUGUACGAGAUAAGACAUUCGGCUACUGAUGACAUCAGAGAAGAUCCAGCUCCGGGUGCUCACGAGAGGUUGCUGCAAUCUUCUGACACCGAGAAUGAGGCGGUCGGCAGUGGCGAAGAAUGUCUGAAAGCUCCUGAGCCUGGAAACAGUUCGGAGGAUAAUCACAUACGCAUGAUGAGAUCAUCAAGUUCAGAUACUGGAAGCACUAGUCCUCAUCUAUGA